UCACAUAGACACAAGUAGAUAAGCACAAGUAAGUGUUGCCUGAAUAAUUAAUAACAAUUAACAAGCAUGUCGAAACCUUUCAAUAAAGAAGGAAGUGGUAAAAAGUAUUUGAAAAGGAAAGUUCAAAAUAGGGUAAAUUGUUUAUUAGCUUCAUACAAUCAUAAUAGUCAAAAUAACUGUAUGAGCCUACCUUCAGCACUUCAUGUGAAUUCACUCCAACCUAUAGCAGUUUCACAAAGUUCAGCAUGUGAUUUAAAUUGUAUAAGUAAUGAUGGGAUUAAUUCAGAAAUUCUAUUGAACACACAAGAUACUCUUCAGCUUUGUCAACCAAUAGAGCCAUUAAAUUAUGACUCUUCCGAUGAUAUUUCUACUCGUAUUUCCGAUUUUUCUUUAGAAUUAGCUAAAUGGGCUGUACAAGAAAAUGUACCACUUUCUACUUUGGGUAAACUAUUAAUAUUACUAAAAGGAGAUUAUCCUGGAACACAAUUAAAAAGUUUACCGAAAGACCCCAGAAGCCUUUUACGUACUCCCACCGUAACUGAUUUAAGACAAUUAGGAACUAAUGGCUGUUAUUAUUACUUUGGAAUACACGAAAGCUUAAUGAAUCUGUGUAACAAAUCUGUAAAACUAUCAUCAACAGAUAUGUUUUCUAUUGCUGUCAAUAUUGAUGGAGUGCCUUUAUUUAAAAGCUCUAAUGAAUCUUUUUGGCCUAUAUUAUGUAUGGUAAAAUCAAUUAAGGUAUUAGAUAAAAAAGUGUUUUGUGUGGGUCUUUAUAAAGGUGUCGGAAAACCAGAAGCCAAUGAAUUUUUAACAGAUUUUGUUAAUGAAUGUAUUCAUUUAGUUAAUAAUGGUCUUUUGAUAAAUUCACAAAAAUAUAAGUUCCGGGUUUCAAUGCUGAUCUGUGAUGUACCUGCUAAAGCAUAUGUUUUGUACAUAAAAAGUCACUCUGCUUUUUUUUCUUGUACUAAAUGUUGCUUGGAAGGAGAUCUGCAUAAAAAUGUCUUAUGUUUUUUAAACACAAAUUUUCAACAGAGAACAGACUUUUCUUUUAGAAACCGAUCACAAUCUGAACAUCAUACUGGAAAAAGUUUAAUAGAAAACAUACCUGAUUUUAAUAUGAUCAAUAAUGUUCCAAUUGAUUACAUGCACUGUAUUUUGUUAGGAGUAGUAAAGAGAUUAUUAUGUAAUAAAAGAUAUGGUUGGGUUUAUGGUAAACCGCCCCAUAAACUUCGUGCUUCAGACAUUAAUUCGAUAAGUAAUGAGCUACUAAAAUUAAAAAAGUUUAUACCAAGAGAAUUUGCCCGCAAACCAAGAUCUUUAAUUGAAUGUAAAAGAUAUAAAGCAGCAGAAUUUAGACUCCUCCUAUUAUACACUGGUUUAAUAGUUUUUAGGAAAGUAUUACCAUCUAAAAUUUAUAAUAAUUUUGUUUGCCUUAGUAUAGCUACUCUUAUAUUAGUUAGUAAAGAAUUUUCAGCCAAUAAUAUUUUUGUGGACUAUGCAAAUGAUUUAUAUAAACAUUUUAUACUCAAUUCAAUACAAAUUUACGGUCCAGAUUUUAUAUCGCACAAUGUUCAUAAUCUUCUACAUUUGUCAGAAUGUGUAAAACUUUUUGGUUGCCUUGACAGUUUCAGUGCUUUUCCAUUUGAAAAUUUUAUGCCACAAUUAAUAAAAAAAGUACGAAAAGUUGCUAUGCCUCUUCAGCAAGUUGUUCGAAGAACAAUUGAACAAAGACAGCUAGGGCCGUUGGAGUUAAACCCCAGUAAUAGUAAUAGAACUAAAUUUCUUAUUAAACAUUAUUCUGGACCAUUAUUGCAAAACUGUAAUUCUCCUCAAUAUAAAGCUAUGCAAACAAAUGAAUAUUUUUUAAAUGUGAGCAAGGUAUGUGACCGAUUUGUGGAACUUAAGGAUGGAAACAUUGUUGAGAUUAAAAACUUUGCUACAUAUCAAGCGUCUGUGGUCAUUAUAGGAUUAAUAUAUAAGAAAUCAGAAAGUUUCUUAAAAAAACCUUGUAAUUCUUCUCAUUUUGGCAUUAAUUUCAUUUCUAAAAUUGACAAUGUACAAUAUAGUUUUCCAGUAACCUCAAUUUCGAAAAAAGUGAUGGUUUUACCAUACAAAAAUAAAUUAGUUUCAUUUCCAUUACUACAUCUGUAAUGGUUUAAUUUUCUAAGUAGAUAGUAAUGUUUUUUUUCUCAUAUUGUGUGAUUAUUUUUAUAUUUGUUAUUCUUUUUGGACUUCAGUUAAGUAAUUUUUGUAAACAAAAUUUAGCUUUUAAUCGUACUAACAGUUCUUGAA